AUGGGGCGUCAGGGGGAGGGUGCGCGGCGCGUGGGGCCCCAUGCGGGCGGCCGGCAGGGGGGCCUUCAGGAGGGCUGGGACGGCCCCGCCCUGCUGGUCUUCAGCGACGGCAAGAAGAUCGGCGCCCGCCUCGACCGCAACGGCCUGCGCCCCGCGCGCUUCUGGCGCACCGCCGACGACACGAUCUACGUGGCGUCCGAGGUUGGUGUCCUCGGGGACGUGCUCACCAACGCAGGCAACAUCGUGGCCAAGGGGCGGCUGGGGCCCGGCCAGAUGGUGUGCGCUGACCUGGAGGCCGGGUCGUUCUCGGAGAACGCUGACAUCAGCAGGGACGUGGCGACGCGGCGGCCGUACAAGCAGUGGGUCGCCGCGAGCGUGCGGCGGCUGGAGCAGCUGUGCGCGGGCAAGUACCCCGGGGAGCCGGCUAUGGAGGGCGCCAAGAUGCUGCGGCUGCAGGCCGCCAUUGGCAUGGGUGCUGAGGACGCCCAGAUGGUGGUGGAGUCCAUGGCCCAGAGCGGCGUGGAGCCCACCUACUGCAUGGGCGACGACAUCCCCCUGGCCGUGCUGUCCGACAAGCCCCACAUGCUGGCGGACUACUUCAAGCAGCGCUUCGCGCAGGUGACCAACCCCCCGAUCGACCCGCUGCGUGAGGGGCUGGUGAUGAGCCUGGAGAUGCGCCUUGGGGCGCGCGGCAACCUGCUGCAGCCGGGCGAGAGCACGUACACCCAGGUGCUGCUGAAGAGCCCCAUCCUGCUGGAGAGCCAGCUGGAGGCAAUCCAGUCCGACAAGCUCCUGGCCACCAAGACCUUCGGCCUGUCCUUCGCCGUCGGCCAGAUCGGCGCCAUGGAGCACGCCCUGCAGAAGCUCUGCCACGAUGUGGAGGCCGCCGUCCGCGCCGGCUGCCAGUGCGUCGUGCUGUCCGACCGCGCCGCCGGCGGCGCGGCCGCGGCGCUGGAGGCGACCAAGGCGCCGAUCCCGUCGCUGCUGGCGACGGGGGCGGUGCACCACCACCUCAUCCGCGCGGGGCUGCGCAGCGACACCUCGGUCGUUGUGGACACGGCGCAGUGGCGCACCUCGAGCCGCACCCAGUCGCUCAUCAAGACCGGCAAGGUGCCGGACGUGAGCGUCGAGGCGGCGCAGGCCAACCUGAAGAAGUCCCUGGAGAAGGGCAUCCUGAAGAUCAUGUCCAAGAUGGGCAUCUCCCUGCUGUCCUGCUACCACGGGGCCCAGAUCUUCGAGGCUUAUGGCCUGGGGCGCUCCAUCGUGGACGUGGCGUUCACGGGGUCGGUCAGCCGUAUUGGGGGGCUGGACAUGGGGGACCUGCAGCGCGAGGUGGAGAGCGCCUGGGUCAAGGGCUUCCCCCAGCAGGCGAUGACCAAGCUGGAUGACUACGGCUUCAUCCAGUCGCGCAACAAGGGCGAGUACCACGCCAACAACCAGGCAAUGGCCAAGCUGCUGCACAAGUCCAUCGGCCUGAGCAGCGGCUCCGCCGCGGACCCCUCCAGCUACGACGCCUACCAGCAGCACUUCAAGGAGGCGCCCGUGCACGUGCUGCGCGACUGCCUCGAGCUGGUGCCUGAGCAGGGCAAGAGGCCCAUCAGCCUGGACGAGGUGGAGCCGGCCGCGUCCAUCAUGGCGCGCUUCUGCACCGGCGGCAUGUCCCUGGGCGCCAUCAGCAGGGAGACCCACGAGACCAUCGCCAUCGCCAUGAACCGCAUCGGGGGCAAGUCCAACAGCGGCGAGGGUGGUGAGGACCCCAUCCGCUGGACCACCCUGGAGGACGCCACUGAGGACGGCAAGAGCGCCACAUUCCCCUACCUGCGCGGCCUGGAGAAUGGUGAUACCGCCACCAGCAAGAUCAAGCAGGUGGCGUCUGGGCGCUUUGGCGUGACCCCUGAGUUCCUGGUCAACGCUGACCAGCUGGAGAUCAAGGUCGCACAGGGCGCCAAGCCUGGCGAGGGCGGGCAGCUGCCCGGCAAGAAGGUGUCCCCCUACAUCGCCACCCUGCGCCGCUCCAAGCCCGGCGUGCCGCUGAUCAGCCCGCCCCCGCACCACGACAUCUACUCCAUCGAGGACCUGGCGCAGCUGAUCUACGACCUCCACCAGAUCAACCCGCAGGCCAAGGUACGAGGGUCGGGACGUCCGAGGUUGGAGGGCCGGGAGGAAGCUGCCGCUUGUCGUCCUCACCGAUUGUCAGGCGGCUGUGCGCGAGGGCCUUGA